UACCAAUAAUUAAUUACAAUGCCGCAAUGUAUUAUAGUACUAGAAAAGAUGAAGAUUACUUAUUUCAAUCACAUUUAAAUCGUGUAUUAGGCAAAACAAUAAUAACAAAUCUACAAAAGGAGCAUGGAAAAUCAAUACUAACAGAAAAAGAUAUUAAAAGUUAUGUAACUGAGUAUUACAAUGAAAUUAUAAAUUUUAAACCUGAAAUUACUCCAAUGAGUCUAAAAGAUUUUUGUGGAGAUCGUUUUGCUAAAUUGAACGCAUACACAAGAUGGGUUUAUAAUAAGAUUGGCGUGACUAUUGAAAAUUGUGUAGAGAAUCUUAAUCUCAGAUUUAUUGAAUAUGGAUAUAGUAAUGUCGUAAAUGCAUAUAGAAUGUAUAUUAAAACAGCAGAGCUUAAGAUGAAAAAAGAUAUCAAAGUGUGCGAAUCUCCGUUAAUUAUGAGGGGUCUCAAUAUAAUGAACCCUUUUGGAGAUAAUAUCAAGAAAUUCAACUCUCCAUUAGUUGAAGAAGAUAUCAAGGAAUUGGCUCCUAUCAUAAAUCCAAAAAUGGAAUACUAUAAUAGCAAUCAAAUGAAAUACUAUGAUUAUCUAUUGAAAUAUAUUGAAGAUAAUUUAAAUAGUACGUAG